AUGGAGCUAUCCGAGAUCGAGGACCUGCCGAAGAAGCUCAUUCGGGAAGAGGCUGGCCGCGCCUUCCGUCUUCAAGCUUCGGCUUCGAUGGACAUGUGGCUGUGCGUCAAGCGAGCCAUUAAUGCCGCUGAAAAGGCGAAGAAGGCUUAUGAAGACGGCAGGGCUAGGGUUGCCGAGGCUGGCAAGGCUAUCCAAGCUCAUGCGAACUUGGCGAAGGACAUGCAGGCUACCGAAUAG